AUGGCGUACCAAUCGCCAUCUAAGGAGCAGUUUCGGGCUUCAUUGCCACCGACUCCUUUAACAGAUAGGCAUUCUCUUUCGCACUCGAGAUCUCAAUCUCAACUAGAGACAAGCGCGCACGCAAAAUUAGGACCAUGGGCACAGUGGGGUCAUACAUCUGCUUCUUUGAGUGGCUUGGAAACUAUGAAACGGCCUCAAUUGAAACAUAGUCAAACUACGGGUGAUAAGUUGCACUUCAAUAGGGAUCCACUGCCAGCAAUUCCUAGUGUUCUAGCGAAGAAGUUGGGCAGGGGGAGUAGGAGGCUCGACGGGAGAUUGAAUGAGUAUGGAGAUCCUGUUCCAAAACCUUCUAUGGACAUUUCUGUCUCAACGAAGUACGAUGAUGAUAUUGAUAUUGAGGGAAGCGAAGGUCCUCAGAGAGUGGCAAGAAUCCAUUCUUCGCCCGAUACUAGGACAUUACCUCCACCCCCCGAUCCACCCUUGACAAAGUCGGCAACGAAGGUGAUGCAGAGAACGGGCUACGACCCGACUAUGGAAAUAAGAGAAGGAAGAAGUCGACAGUUACCGUUAGCUACGGAUAACUCUGACAGUUCUGGUAGCAUUUACAGCCAAGAAGAUACUAUAAAUUCACACAUGGCUCACCAGAGCCAAACUAUUGGUUCUGCUCCUGUUUCUCCGAUGCAGCGGGAUGAAGGAAGCUCGUACUUCUCGAACUACAUGCCUAGUAAUGCAUCGAGCCCGGCCACGUCUUCACCGAGAUCAUUAGUAAUAUCGUCAGAAUAUAAAGAACGAGUGUCAAGGUUCAUGCAAGGUCAUUUAGAAGAUCUCAAUACUAGUCAAGAUCUGUCAUACACUAGUGGUCUCGAGGACUUGAUAGAUCAAGGAGUACCCCCAGAUGAUUGGGAGCCACGAACCCCGGUUGCUCCAUUUUUGGGUAGCGAAGAGCAGCAGAGUUUUCAUAGACCCUCUGCAGUCUCACAUACAUCAUCCAUGGCACCACCGAAUAUAAUAAUACCAGAAUCAAAUAAGCCUCGAAAGAGAGAUUUUUCAAGUGGUCAACACCCCCUGAAGAGUCCUUUUCCAUUUCUCUCAACUAACAAGCUACCGGAUUCUCCAAGAGCGACAGGUCCAACAGGGUCAUUGGGGGGAAAAUUAUCGGGUGCUUUAAAACGGCUUUCCGGAAGCACGAAGAUGUCGCCAACAGAAGGCAAUGAAAUAAUUUCCAAUGCUAGUCGAAGUGCAACAGGCCCAGAUACGCCCAUGCCGAGAAAAUCGGGAUUCAUGGGGAUCAAAGGGGCUCCGGUUGUGAUACAGAAAGGUAAUGAGCAUUUUCAUGAAGUGGUAGAGAAGGUAAAAUUGAAAGUCAAUAAGAAAGAGAGGAGGAGAAGGGAAUUGAAGAAGCAAAUACUGGUUGUUGGGAUUAUGGAUCAGACACCAGACGGACGAACAUCUGAAUGGCUUUGA